UCUGUGGUGGUGUUUAUCAAUCAAGUUCUCGGAUCUUCGUCGAGUUUGUGUUUUUUUGUUACAUUGUGGUCAAAUGUAAUAAUUACAAGGAAAUGAAACGUUAAUAGAUUUCUAGGGAAAUUUUGGAGCCAACACUCCAGAAAUCUAUGUUCUAAAUUCCACCAGACUAAUCAUAGUGAGCGAUGGAACCCAUGGAGCAGGAUUUAGAUGUCUCAAUACCCUUGUCGUCGCUGAGCUAUGAAUUCAGGACACUGGUAUCGAAUUUGUUGAAUACAAGACGUGUAAUAACGACUGAUGGCCCUAAUAAAUUACCCAGGGACUGGAGAGGUUUAGCGUUUUUGUUACAAAUAUCAUCAGAGUUAGCGAGUAGUAUAAGUGAGAGUCCCGACAAGACUAGCAGACUCCUGGACAUUUGGAUGCAGAGGGGGGACGGUACAGCCACACUGGAAACCUUACUUGAUUAUCUGACACAGCUAGACAGAUAUGAUAUAUACGAUGAUAUUGUUGAACUUGCAAAUCUUGGUAGGCUUAUUGCAACACCAAUUGAUCAGUCUAUGUUUGGCAAUGAAAUUUCAAAAAUCAAUGGGAAUAAGAAUGAUGGCAUGAUCAUCACAUACGAUGAUAGAAGAGACGGAUUUCCUCAUUACUACCAUGCAUAUGUGCUUUUCGCCCAAAAGGACUGGGAGUUUGUUCGAGAGCUUCUAUCUCGGAUGAAAGCUUUAGGAUAUAAGCUAUGCACCGAAUACGACAUCGACGUGGGCUACGGCACGCAGUACGCGCCGGUCGCGCAGCUGAUCUCGGAGCGCUGCUACCGGAUCAUCCUGGUCUACUCGCCGGACUUCCUCGUCAGUCCGGCCAAUAGCUUCUACUCGGACUACGCGCAGGCUGUCGGCAUUGAGUCGAACAAGCGCAACAUAAUCCCGAUUAUCUACCGCAAGUGCACGCUGCCGCAUCACCUGAUGUACUACCACCGGCUGGUGUACAAGCCGGACGAGUGGGCGCCCUACGACUUCUGGGAGAAGCUCGGCCAAACCCUUGGCAAGAUUAAACUGCCCGGGUAAGAGUUACUAGCCUUU